AUGGCACUCAUUAGAUUACUCUUGAUUCUUCUACUCCGAUAUUUGGUUUCUGUAUCUGGCAAUGCGGAUUCAGCUUAUCAUCAUCACCGCCACUAUUCUUUACUCAAAGACAAGGCUGCACUUCUGGAAUUCAAGGGGUCAAUAUAUGAUCCAAAAUCCACACUUUCUAACUGGGAAGAUGCUGUCCCAGUUUGCAACUUCACUGGUGUCACAUGUGACAUGCGCUACCACCGUGUGUCACAAAUCAACCUGCAUAGCUUUGGACUUGUGGGAAAGAUUUCGCCCUUCAUUUCAAAUCUCACUGGCCUUCGAGUCUUAAACCUUUUUGAAAAUCACUUCUUCGGCACUAUUCCGCCUCAACUUUCCUCCCUCCAACACCUCCGUACUCUCAUACUAGAUAGCAAUAACUUAAAUGGUCCAAUACCAAACAGUUUCGCCCUCUUGACCAACCUCACUUUAUUUUCUGUUCAAAAUAACAGUUUGACAGGUCCCCUGCCGCCCUCUUUUUUCUCCAACUGCUCUCAGUUAAAAAAUAUAGAUCUCUCUUUCAACUUCUUCACAGGUCAAAUUCCAGCAGAAAUCGGAAAUUGUGCAAAUUUAUGGACCCUCAAUUUAUACAACAAUCAAUUUACAGAACAACUUCCUGCCUCCUUAACCAAUGCUUCACUGUAUAAUCUAGAUGUGGAGUACAAUCUUCUUUCAGGGGAAGUACCUUCGGAUUUAGUGCGGAAGCUGCCUAAGCUUCUCUUUCUUCAUUUAUCAUAUAACAAAAUGACCAGUCAUGAUAACAACACCAAUCUCUACCCGUUCUUCGCUACAUUGCGAAAUUGCACUCAUUUGAAGGAGCUCGAAUUGGCUGGCAUGGGCCUUGGAGGAAGAUUGCCUAGCUCCAUUGGCCAUCCUACUCUACAGCGUCUAGAAUUGCAAGAAAAUCGCAUCUUCGGAUCCAUACCUCCAGAAAUAGGAAAUCUUUCGAGUCUUUCAAUGCUGAAUUUGACAUCCAAUCUUCUAAACGGGACAAUUUCAGAAGAGAUCGGUCGAUUGUCAAUGUUGGAACAGCUUGUUUUGUCCCACAACUUUUUCAACAUCACAAUUCCAGUAGAAUUAGCGAAACUCUUUCAUCUUGUUCUGCUCGAUCUAUCAAACAACAACUUUCAUGGAGAAAUUCCGUGCAGCCUAGGUGAUUUGCCUCUACUUAAUUCUUUGUUUCUCAAUAACAACCUCCUUUCAGGGACAAUACCACCAAAACUACUAAAAUGGACAAACAUGCACAGGUUUGAUCUGUCCUGCAAUAAAUUAAUAGGGAGAAUCCCUCCGGAAAUAUCAGAGCUACGUGAAAUCAGAAUAUUUAUAAAUUUUUCACACAAUCUUCUUGAAGGGCCUUUACCAAUUGAGAUCAGCAACCUGGACAAAGUUCAAGAAAUGGACCUUUCAUCAAACAACCUCAGUGGGAAUAUCUUUCCCCAGAUAUCAAGCUGUGUCUCUGUGGAGAUGAUAAAUUUCUCACACAAUGCUCUUGCAGGGCGGCUUCCAGAUUCUGUAGGUGAUUUGAGGAACCUCAAGUCAUUUGAUGUGUCAAGCAACAAUAUAUCUGGAAUGAUACCAAAGAGCCUGAGCAAAAUUAAUCUCACAUUUCUGAAUCUUUCUUUUAACAACUUUGAAGGAAUGAUUCCCUCUGGUGGCAUCUUCAAUUCAGAUACAGAUAUGUCAUUUUUAGGCAAUCCACGUCUAUGUGGAGCAGCUUCAAGUACACCCAUUUGCCCUCGAAAUAAACACUGGUUUCGAUCACGUAUGUUCCUGAUUAUUUUUAUCAUAGUCAUAGUUGUGUCAGUGCUCUCAUCAACGGUAUGCUGUGUGAUUGGAAUCCGCCACGUGAAACUAAUGGUUUCUUCGAGCAAAACUGAAGGAUCAAGAAAGUCGGUGUUGAAUUGAGAUUUGCAUUGAAUACCCU